AAUUCACAAGAAAAAUAUAAAACUAUGAAUUCUAUACAAGAGAAAAUUCCAACACAAACGGAAGUUGGUCUUCACCUUGGUUUACUAUUAGCAAAAACACUAUUUGCUUAUGAUCAUCAAGAAACCAAAAAAUUGUUAGGAUUAAUACCACCACUAAAGCAAGUAUCCGGAGAUCUCUGGAUUUCACCGUGUGCACAAAUAAGCAAAAAAGUUUUAAGCUUACCAGAAAAUAAUAAUAUAAUUAAAGAAUGCACACAUUUAGGAAUACUUGCCUUAGGGCAAGAUCUGUUAAAUAAAUUCAAAGCAGAGAUUAAAGCAAAUAUAAAGAAGGAAUUUAAAAAACAGUUAAUCGAUCAAAAAUAUUUAUGCGAAGCUGAAAAGCGCCAAGCAAUUAAAAUCAAUACAGAAGAAAUCCACAUGAUGUGGCAAAAAUAUAUUAAUACCAUAGAGUGUGAUAUGCAGAAAGAAUUACAGAUUGAACUUGCGAAAGUUAUUAUUAAAUGUAAUAAAGAGAUACAGAAAGCAGUGGUACAACAACGUAUAAAUAUGACACAACAUAUGUUAAGAAAAAUACGUAAUGAAAUGUCUUAUAUGGUGGCAGAUCUUUAUGAAGAAUUUGAGCAAACUCGCAGAUCACAUAUAGAAAAUAUAAUAGCAGAUGUUAAUGAGAUUUUAAGGAAGGAACAUAUGAAAAACAAUAGAAAAAUAGAAAAAUUGAAAAAGGAAAAAAUGGAAUCAUUAUAUGUUCAAAAAGUAAAACUUGAGACAAAGAAUAUAGCUAAUGUUAUGUACAUGCUUUGCCUUGAAAGAUUACAUUCUAAUCUAGAAAAACAAAAAAUACAAAAUAAUUUCCAGAACAAAUUCAGUAAUUUGGAAAACAUUAUCUUGGAUUUAAAGAAAAUGUUAAAUACGGCCGAAGAAACUGUUGAAAGAUAUCAAAGCAAUAAUAAAUUGUUAAAAGAGAAAUUUGAUAAGAUUAACCAAGAAUUUCAUAAGUUUGUCACUUUUGUAUUUGAUACCGUACCAAAGCAGGCUGAGUUUGUAUUACCUUCAGAAUCUAUUUAUUCGCAACAAAUGGAUCAGACUUCAAAUGAAACAUUAGAUACAAAAAAAUAUAAUACAAUUUGUCAGAAUCUACUGUUAGAAAAACAAAAUUGAUUGUUAUUUAAAAAGAUGGUAAUAAAAUUAGUAGUACUUCUAAUUAGUCAAUUCUUAAUAAGUCAACAAAUCAUUGAAAUUUUUUGGAUUAUUUGUUUGACAAUUACGAUACCAAUCUGGGUCUCGUUGUAGACAAGAUGCAGUCCGUUGAUAAAAUUGAGCCUGUAUAACAGAUUUAGCACCAAAUUUACUAAUGGGAGGUAAAUUAUAAUCAUUAAGACGCCAUCCAUAAAGCCAAUUUGUACAAUCGGGAAAAUAAAAACGAUCUUCCGGUAAUUUUUGUAAUCUAAAAAUAUCAAACUUCUUUUUUAAUUAUUUCGUCAAAUAUUGGCCAAACGAUAAUAACACGCUCUUCAAUUUAUUUUUUAACCUUUUACGAAAAUAAUUAUCACUGCAAAUAAAACUUUCAAUUCCUUUUUCAUAAAGAAUGGCACGUAUUUCUGGCUCAAUUGGUUUCAUUAUAUCAAUAUUUACAGAACCAUCAAUAUUAGGUGGUCUCCAUGUCGGCAUGUAUUUUUUACUUAUCUGUAAUAUGGCAAAGUACAAAUAUAAGUUACAAUUAUAUAAAUAUAUAUAAUGUUUAUAUAAAAGAUCAGUUGAUACAAAACUUUGGGCUCGAUCUUAUCUUUUUUUGGUGAUUCUUUUUCUAUGCUUUUUAUUUUAAUUUGUGCUGUACUCUUUGCAAUACCUAAAUUAUCUAUUAAUUUCUGUUGAUUCUUUAAAAACCAUUUCAUACGUAAGAAUUCUUCUUUCUUGUAAUUCUCUCUGUGAAAUAACUGACACCGAUUAUCACACAUAUCGUUAAAUAUAUCUAUCGAAAAUUAUUUACAUAUUAAUUUUGUAUAUCCCUUAUGUAAAAGUCUAAUAAUAAAUGUAAAUUAUAGUUAUAAAAACGUAAUUUAAAAUAUGAAUGUGUCAAACUAAACUAAUACUACUAAUACAUAUUCAUAGUAUUAUGAUGCUCUGAUGUUUUUCAUUCUUACACAUAAUUAGCAUAAGGACUACUACAAGAUAAUUAACAUAAGGAAUAAGGAAUAACAAUAAAAAAAUAUUUAUAUAAUACAAAUGUAUACUUUGUAGAAUUAUAUAUUUACACUGUUAGAGAA